UAGCAGCACAUCACGUAUAUAAAGCAGCACCUGCGUUAUUGCGUAUGCUCGCGAUUUCAUUCCGGACAGCUUGAUUUCAGAAAGGGGACAACGUUAUACGGCUACAAGGGACAGACAACUGUAAAAUCUUUGUCAAAGACUCGAAUAUGCAGCGUGCUGACCGCUUCAUAAGUGAAGUGCUCAUGAAGUUAAAGUACACAAAGGAAUUCGUCAACAAGGUGAAGCCAGCGUCUUUGACACGCGAUGGAGAAGUGAUGUACGAGCUUCGACUCGAGAAGGAGCACUGCGACUUGCACGGCAAUCUGCAUGCCGGCAUGGCAUUCGCCCUAUUGGAUCUGUACACGUGGACGACGGCUUGCACGCUGUACGACCAGGACACGCCGUUCGUCAGCCUCAACCUUAAGGCAAGGUUUCUCUCUCCGGCAAAACUUGGUGACGUCAUCCUCAUGGACUCACGCAUCGUUCACGCGGGACGGAGGGUCGCCUACGCCGAGCUCGACAUUCUCGAUAAAGCUACGAAGCGCCUGUUGGUUCAAGGAUCACACAUAUUUUACAAUUUGUCAAAACCUACACAUCGCGAAGGUUAAGAGUAACAUCUGCCGAGUAGAGUAAGAACUCGGUCGACACUCGAAAAUUUCAGUGAAAUGUCCCUGGCUGCAGCUGGUCUGUAAGAAAAUACGUCAUCCAAAUAUAACGCUAUAAAGGCGAUUAAAGCAUUCGGCCUGUCAUUGAGAAAAAUUCACUUGCGAAAGGCAAUUUUCUUGGACGCGGCCCCCAUUUUUUUUCUGAUAAAUAAAUGGCAAGAAACACAAG